GACUCACGUAAAGCACCUCUGUAUUCGAACCACUAUAACCAUCGAACGACAGAUCUGACUGCUCUUCGUUUUCGAAACAGAGAGGACUUGACCUCUAUACUCCUACAUUAUUCCCUCUCUCCACUAUUAUUCACACAUCCACCAUCUUCGGCACAGCCAUAGUCCUUCCCCAACUGAGCUUCUCAGCUCGCUCAUCCUAGCAUGGCCGUCAAAGCUGCGAUACCACUCCUGGUGGCCAUGAUGUUGCUCACCGGAGUGUGCAAUACACUCUUGACUAAGUAUCAGGUCAGUCAAGUAUCUUCGACUCUGGAGUCAAACUGAUAUUAGUGGCCUUCAGGACAUGGUAUGCGUCCGCGACUGCGACUCGACAGAUCCCAACAAACGGAAACACUUUGAACAGCCCGUAUUACAGACCCUCCAAAUGUUUAUCGGUGAGAUGGGCUGCUGGCUCGUCGUUGGCGGAUUCUCCCUCUAUCAACGAUACACUACAAAGAAAGCAGGUUAUGAGCCGAUAAGCACACGCGGUGUCGAAGGAGAUCAAGAGGACAUUUUGACGCACGACACAGGCUCUGCUACGCCGCCUGUUGCAAAUCCGCUGAAACUAUCGCAUGAAGAGAUCGAGAGAAUCCCUCUUGUUGGCUGGAAGAUCUUCCUGCUUGCAGCACCUGCAGUCUGCGAUAUUACAGGAACGACGCUAAUGAAUGUUGGACUGCUAUUUGUUGCGGCCAGUAUAUACCAGAUGACGAGAGGCGCGCUCGUGCUUUUCGUUGGGCUUUUCAGUGUGUUGUUUUUGAAGAGAGUACUUGGGGCUGCCAAAUGGCUGGCCUUAUUUAUUGUCGUUGCGGGUGUCGCACUUGUCGGGCUUGCGGGAGCAAUCACCAGAGACGAGAAGGCAACUCCAACCAGAAUUUUGACCGAAACUUCGCCAGACCCAGCGGUGAUGACUAUCAUCGGUAUCCUCUGUAUUGCUGGUGCGCAGAUAUUCACUGCCUCCCAGUUCGUACUUGAAGAAUCUAUCAUGGAGAAGUAUGAGAUGGAACCGCUGAAGGUAGUAGGAUGGGAAGGUAUCUUUGGAUUCUUAGUCACUGGUAUCGUCAUGGGCAUCUUGCAUGCAGUGGUCGGACAGACUGACGCUGGACGAUACGGAUACUUUGACGCCAGGGAAGGGUUUAGGGAGUUCUUCGAGAUUCGAUCAAUUGCUAUCAGCAGUAUAUUGAUCAUGAUAAGCAUCGGAGGCUUCAAUUUCUUCGGUCUAUCAGUUACUCGCACCGUUUCAGCAACAUCAAGGUCCACUAUCGACACCUGCCGAACCCUUUUCAUAUGGAUUGUUUCUCUUGGUUUGGGCUGGGAGACAUUUAAGUGGCUGCAGGUCGUCGGCUUUGCGCUUCUUGUGUAUGGAACCUUCUUGUUCAACGAUAUUAUCCGCCCUCCCCUACAAAUGUGCAUGACUGGUAAUCGACGAACUUCGGCUGAUUCCGACGGGGGCGCGACGCAGCCAUUACUUGCCGAAGAUCCAAUAGAGCAUCGCUAGGAUUCGCUCGCUUCAUGGAUGGCAUGCCCUGUGCUAAUAAGUUGAGGACUAUAUUAGAAUCGGGCAUUCAUACAGGAGUUUGAUGGUCAUAUCGAGUCAUUUGAGACAUACGUGGUUAUAGUAGCAUGGCAUCAUUACACAUUAUUUAGAUAAAGCAUAUACUUUUACAGAUCA